AUGGCAGACCACAACCUAACUAAAGCUGAGGUAGCAGAUAAAGCUGUUGCUCUUCGUUCUAAAUUGAAAAUCUGGGAGAAAGAGUUCGCCUCGACCCACGGUGGGAAAAAGGCUAGUCGCGAGGACAUUAAGCAGAACCCGGAUAUAGCCGGGAAAUACAAGGAAUACGGUCGUCUGAAAAAUCUCGAGGCCGAUCUGAUCAGACGAGAGAACCGUCAGAACCGCCAACGCGAAUCAGCAAACGCGCAAUCUAAAAAGCGGAAAAAUCAAUCCCCAACCGGUCCAGAUGGCUAUUCUGAUGCCACACCACGCAAGUCGGCCAAAGGCCUCUUAACGACACCCUCCCACAGCCGUACAAAGGGCCAUCCCUCUCAACUGGACCCUUACGAUUCGCCCUCUACCUUCAGGCGAUUAUUCAGCCCUAGCACACACCUCCCAGCCCCAUCACCUCUGAAAGCUGCAAUCGGACCGACGCCCCAGCGUGAUGGAAAGGCACUGGGUCUAUUCGAUAUGCUGUCCGAGUCGGGCGGAAGCAAUGCGACACCCUCGGCGAAGAGAACCAUGAAUGCCCUUGGAGCCGCAUUCCAAACUCCAUCGAAACCGAAGACUUUUGAUCCGAUUGCUGAAUUACCGGAGGAAGAAUUAGAAGAAGAGGAGAAAACGCGACUUUCUCGCACACCUGCUUCCUCAACUAAACAAUUCUACUUGGCAAACCUAUUCGCAACCCCGACUACACUGCGUUACGCUGCCAUGGUCGAGGCGGAAGACGAAACGGACACACAUAACCAAACGCCCAAAGCCCUUACGGCCGUCCCCCCUGUCAAUCAAUCAGAAACACCAUCUUUCCUGCGCCGCUUGAAUCCAGGCCGCUACCCUGCGCCCACUACGAACAAUGACACGUUAGGCCUCAGUCCCAUCGCGUCGCGGAAACCGCGGCAAUUCGCCGGCAGAGGCCUUUCACAUCUCGUUCAGGGCUUACGGGCUAUGGAGGAAGAGCGCUUGGAAGAUGAAUGGGAUAUCUUACGCGAAAUUGAAGACGAGCAAGAGGCUAUGAACUUCAAUGUCCCCGAGACGCAGCCAGAAGAAAAGCCGUAUAAGAAGAAGGGCCAGAAGCGAACGACUCGCCGAGUUAUUAUGCGGCCUGUGAAGCCUCAGCCUAAACCUCGCCCUGUUCCUACCGCGGCGCCUGUGGAAGUGUAUGAAGAUAGCGAGGACGAGUUGACCGCAGUGCCAGAGACACAACUACCAGAAAACCCCAGUGUUGAAAAAAUUCAGAAGAAAAAAGUCGAAGAUGACGCGUCCCCAGACGAAUUCUCGGACUUUGAUCCUGACCUUUUAGAUUCAGAUGAUGACCCUGAGUUCAGCGAUAAACCCCAGCCUGCGCCUAGAGCAAAGACCUUCUCUGAGCGCAUCAAGGAAGCUGUCGGUAUCAAUCCUAAACCUAAACCCAAGGAACCCGUGCCAGAGCGUGUGUCGGAGGCGGAAGAGCAGAAGAAGAGUCGUCCUAGGAAGGUCAAUCAGGAGGCUCAUGCUAACUAUCGGUCUUUGAAGAUUCGGGGCAAAGCAACGAGUGCGGGGGCGCGUCCGAAUGGACGGUUCCGACGAAGAUAG